AUGAAGAGUGGGAUCCCGUUCCAUGGUCUAUCCAAGGCCACUGCAACUGACUAUGUUGUCAAUGUUGGUUUGGGCACGCCGAAGAAGGAAUUUCCACUCUUAUUUGACACAGGCAGUGGCCUCAUUUGGACUCAAUGUAAGCCAUGCAAGCCUUGCUAUCGAAAUGCACCGGUGUUUGACCCAACCAAAUCAACCUCAUUCAAACCCAUACCAUGUUCCUCAAAGCAGUGCCAAACAAUCGAAGAUGCAGAAUGCUCCUCUUCGAAGUGCAGCUACAAAAUUACAUAUGUAGACAACGACACCUGCAAAGGAAUUUAUGCGAUGGAAACAAUUUCCUUUAAACCAUUAAAUUAUGAAUUCAAGAACAUCUUGAUUGGAUGCAGCGAUCAAAUAUCUGGUGAUUUAGAUGAAGAAAAUUCUGGUGCUCCCAGCUCAACUGGUUACCUUACUUUCGGCAGUGAAGUGUCGAAGGAUGUGAAAUUCUCUCCAGUGUCCAAAAGAGCACCACCUUCGGACUACGACAUCGAAAUGACUGGAAUUAGAGUCGGAGGCCGUACACGAUUGAUAGAUACAUCGGUUUUCAAGAUUCGUUGCACCAUCGACUCUGGUACAGUGUUCACUUAUCUGCCUCCGAAGGCGUACUCGGUGCUCCGAUCAAUGUUCCGAGAAAUGAUGAAAGGUGAGGUUGAGGUGGAUAUCGAUGUGUCGGGGAUCAUGGUCAGGGUUGACGAGUCCAAGGAGUACUGCUUGGCUUUUGCAGCAUUGGAUGAUGAAGUUGCAGUACUUGGGAAUACUCAGCAACGGACUUACACAGUCGUCUAUGAUGGUGCAAAAGAAAGGAUUGGAUUUGCCCCUGGUGGCUGUGACUAA